UAUACCACAACAGUUACUUUUAAAUAAAUAUCAAAAUGAGCUUAAAGAAGCAUUAAAAUUAUAUAAAUUUAAAAAUGAUAAUCUUUUUGAUAUAGUAAAAGAUUAUUUGAAUUUUAACGGAAAGAUUAAUACUGAAUCAGAACAAAUAGAAUUAUUAUUUAAAACUAUUAUAUAUUUAUCAACUAAAAGUCAAUAUACUCAAGAAGCAUACAAUCAACAAAAAAAUUUACAAGAAUCUAUAAAGAAACUUAAUUUUAAAUAUUUUAAACAUACAUUCUUGGAAGAAAUAAAUAUAACUCAAGAAAUACGAAAUGAUAAUCAAGAAACUAGAUUUUUUCAAAUAUCCAUUUCAGAAUUUAUUUUAAAUUUCAUGUAUGAUAUGUAUUUUAAAAAAUUAAUUUUUAUAUUUUCAUCAAAAGAACCAAAUACUUUAAUAUUAAAAUUUAAAGGUGGAAAUGAUACUGUAAUUGAUAAUGGAUUAAAAACAGAUCAAGUAAUAUUAAAAUGCAAAGAAAUUAAAAAUAACAAUCCAAAAAUUAAUCAAAUUUAUUAUGAUGAUAUUUUAAAUAAAUUAGAUAAUAUUCAUACUUAUCAAGAUUUGUUUAAUAUUAGAGAAAAAUUAAAAUCUGAUUUUGAAAAUAAUUAA